UACAUAUGGUAAUGUACAUGUUUCAGUACUGUUCUUUCAAAUCAUCCCACCCUCGCCUUGUGUGUACUUUGGGAGUCUGAAUUAUUUUCUCCAAAUUUGUGAUCUGGCCUGUGAUUCCCAAUUUUUUAAAUAGCCCUUCAAUAUAUUUUUCUUUUUUUCAAAGGCCUUUAGAAAUGAGUUAAUAGAAUACAAUUUGAAACAGGUGAUAUUUUGUACCAAUGAGGUUGACCUCAGUUUACUUGAUCAUAGACGACUAAGUCCCUGUCUAAUUAGGAAUUCUAAGUAGAAAUUCAUUCAGAAAACGUUUCCAUAGUGGUUAGACCCCUAGACCCCUAAAUUCUACCAGGUAUUCUUCCUGGUAGAAUUGCUUUUCAUCUAGUGGCAUAUGGUAUACAAGGCUGUAAGUUAUUGGAAAUAUUUUAUUAUUAUGAUUGCCAUAAAAAAUUCAGAUCUCAAGUUGGGUUCUUGGAAACUGUUAACUUAAAACAAGUUUAUGGCAGAAUAUACCAUAUAUUCACUUCUUGUUUCUGUCUGAAUAAAAGCGUAGGCAUUUUGAUGGCGACUGUAAUGUACCUACUGACUUUGGGGGCUUGUUUUUGUUUUGUAGGGUUAAUAACUAAUAUUUAUAUAAGACAGAAGAGAAAGAUGUCAUUUCGUAAAGUAAACAUCGUCAUCCUGGUCCUGGCUGUUGCUCUCUUCUUACUGGUUUUGCAUCAUAACUUCCUUGGUCUGAGCAGUUUGCUGAGGAAUGAGGUUUCAGAUUCAGGAAUUGUGGGGCCUCAGCCAGUGGACUUUAUCCCAAAUGCUCCCCAACGUGUGGUAGAUGGGAGAGACGAAGAGAUUCCUGUGGUCAUUGCUGCAUCUGAAGACAGGCUCGGAGGGGCCAUUGCAGCCAUAAACAGCAUUCAGCACAAUACUCGCUCCAACGUGAUUUUCUACAUUGUUACACUCAAUGGCACAGCAGACCAUCUCCGGUCCUGGCUCAGCAGUGGUAACCUGAAAAGUAUCAGGUACAAAAUUGUGAAUUUUGACACUAAACUUUUGGAAGGGAAAGUAAAGGAGGAUCCUGACCAGGGGGAAUCCAUAAAACCAUUAACCUUUGCAAGGUUCUACUUGCCAAUUCUGGUUCCCAGAGCAAAGAAGGCCAUAUACAUGGAUGAUGAUGUAAUCGUGCAAGGUGAUAUUCUUGCCCUGUACAAUACACCACUGAAGCCAGGACAUGCAGCUGCAUUUUCAGAAGAUUGUGAUUCAACCUCUGCUAAAGUUGUCAUCCGUGGAGCAGGGAACCAGUACAAUUACAUUGGAUAUCUUGACUAUAAGAAGGAAAGAAUUCGUAAACUUUCCAUGAAAGCCAGCACCUGCUCAUUUAAUCCUGGAGUUUUUGUUGCAAACUUGACAGAAUGGAGAAGACAGAAUAUAACUAGCCAGCUGGAAAAAUGGAUGAAACUCAAUGUAGAAGAGGGACUGUAUAGCAGAACACUGGCUGGCAGCAUCACAACGCCACCCCUGCUGAUCGUGUUCUAUCAGCAGCACUCCACCAUCGACCCUAUGUGGAACGUUCGCCACCUCGGUUCCAGUGCUGGAAAACGAUAUUCACCCCAAUUUGUAAAGGCUGCCAAGUUACUCCAUUGGAAUGGGCACUUUAAGCCAUGGGGAAGAACUGCUUCAUACACUGAUGUCUGGGAAAAAUGGUACAUUCCGGACCCAACAGGCAAAUUCAGCCUAAUCCGAAGACAUGUGGAGAUCUCAAAUACAAAGUAAAAUACAAAUUGUGCUAUAAGUAUUUCUCAGGAAAUCCUGGAAGACAGUGUGUGUGGGAUGUAACACUAGCUAGGCUUCAGUGCCUGUCUUCAGCAACCCAUGGAAAAAGGGACAUUUCAGCUGGGUAAAGAGGAUAGACUGUCCCAUUUGGCAGCCAGCUUCCCAGACAGACUAUAAAUAUGCCUCCAUCUGCCUUACCAAGCGUUCGCUUACUGAUGGUGCUGACUGACCAGAGGUGAAUGGACUUAAGAUAUGGUUGCUACAGCCAGUUCAUCACUGCUACUUGGUUUUAAUUUUGUGACCUGUGUAAAUAAAGUGAAAACUACAUUUCUCAAUAGGUA